CUUGCGCCUCUUUUGUCAGAUGGUGAUCUUCACCCUUCCUGUUGACUGCUACUUUGUUUUAUCUGGUCCAGGGUGGGCCCCUGUGUGCUGCCGUCGAUGCAAUCAGCGGACGCCUGGGACACAGAACCAGGCUUUCUUGAUCAUGGAUGGUGAAGAUAUACCAGAUUUUUCAAGUUUAAAGGAGGAAACUGCUUAUUGGAAGGAACUUUCCUUGAAGUAUAAACAAAGCUUCCAGGAAGCUCGGGAUGAGCUGGUUGAAUUCCAGGAAGGAAGCAGAGAAUUAGAAGCAGAGUUGGAGGCGCAGUUAGUGCAGGCUGAACAAAGAAAUAGAGACUUGCAAGCUGAUAACCAAAGACUGAAAUAUGAAGUGGAAGCGUUAAAGGAGAAACUAGAACAUCAGUAUGCACAGAGCUACAAGCAGGUCUCAGUAUUGGAGGACGAUUUAAGUCAGACGCGGGCCAUUAAGGAGCAGUUGCAUAAGUAUGUGAGGGAACUGGAGCAGGCCAAUGAUGACCUGGAGCGAGCCAAGAGGGCAACAAUAGUUUCAUUGGAAGACUUUGAGCAAAGGCUAAAUCAGGCCAUUGAACGAAAUGCAUUUUUAGAAAGUGAACUUGACGAAAAGGAAUCCUUGUUGGUGUCUGUACAGAGGUUAAAGGAUGAAGCAAGAGAUUUAAGACAAGAACUGGCAGUUCGGGAAAGGCAACAGGAAGUCACCAGAAAGUCGGCUCCCAGUUCUCCAACUCUAGACUGUGAGAAGAUGGAUUCUGCCGUCCAAGCCUCGCUCUCUUUGCCAGCUACUCCUGUUGGCAAAGGAACGGAAAACAGUUUUCCGUCACCAAAAGCUAUACCAAAUGGUUUUGGUACCAGUCCACUAACUCCUUCUGCUAGGAUAUCAGCACUAAACAUUGUCGGGGAUCUCUUACGGAAAGUAGGGGCUUUAGAAUCCAAAUUAGCAGCUUGCAGGAAUUUUGCAAAGGACCAAGCAUCACGGAAAUCCUAUAUUUCAGGGAACGUUAACUGUGGGGUGAUGAAUAGCAACGGCACAAAGUUCUCUUGUUCAGGGCAUUCGUCUUUCUUUGACAAAGGGCAAGAGAAGGUCAUAUUCCCCACGUUGUUCAUGGGGCAGUAAACGGCUUUGACCCAGCUCCUCCUCCUCCUGGCUUGGGCUCCUCUCGCCCGUCGUCAGCACCGGGGAUGCUGCCUCUCAGUGUGUGAGUGCCCGGCCUCCAGGCGGGGGCCUCUGCGCUCCUCCAGCAACCCAGGACACCCACGCCUCACCCCUCGGUGCCUGGGCCCAGCCCCGUGGCCCUCCAUCUGCCUCCCCGUGGCUGGCAGAUGGCAGGCUGCAUGCAGUGGCGGCCGCUGGGCCCUGCCCAGCCCCAGGACUCUGCGCGAUGUCAAUACUGGCUGUUUUCUCUGCCCGCCGUAGUGCCGUUGGUUUCACAUGAUUGCACUUUCGUGGGUCACAAGGUGAUACGUACGUGUAUUACUUGGUCACUGGAUGCAGAAGUACCCAUUGAUCACACCGUCCCGUACCCCACCCUGCCGUACUGAUAGGACUUAGCUGUGUUUAGGACAAUGCAAAUCUUCUACAAGCUCUCCCCUCAAUCAGGUCGAUGUAGGCCCUCCUCCCAAGCUUCCACCCAGGCAUCUUCAGUGCUCAUGAUCAUGCGUCCCCCAGCUCCACCCGCCACAGUUUGGGGCUGUUUCCGGCAGAGUCAGGAAGCUCACUGAACUAGGGAACAUUUUCUGCACCUUCCGAUUUUACUUGAGCAGUUCUCAUUCCAUAGACUUGCCUCCCAGUGCAGCGGAUUCUCAUCUGAGCCCAGACAGCAGGGGCCUCUGGGGCCCAGGCACACAAGGCUGCCCUCUCACGUCUCCUCCUCCACGUGCCUCAGACUCGGGGAGAGGCUGGCUUCCUCCUCGCCAGCUCCCAGUCCUUCAGCUGAAUGACAUCUCGAGAGCCCUGCCGUGUCUUCUGAGGGCCCGUGCAGCUGUGUUAGGGAGGGCCGAGUGGCCUGAUCCCGGGGGCCGGCCGACCGUCGCUGGUUGUCCCUGUACACUCCUUGAUUAAUCUCAUGCUGCGUUGACUGUUUACAUUUGUGUUACUGUAUAUAGGUUUGUAAACAUUCUUGCCUAAGGUAUUUGUAUAUAACUUGGGCUUUGUAGCUUUUAUUUAUUCAGAACUCAUAUGGCAUGUUAAUGACUUACGAUGGUGUCCUACUCUGGGCAGCUGGAUAGGAUCAUCAUGUGGUUAAAAAAACAAAUUCUUCCCCUCAAAAAAAAAAAAAAUCUUUUAAUGUGGAAACAAUAAAUUUCACAAAAAAAAAAAAAA